AAAAGGAAAAGUGAAGACAUGGACUCAGAAAAGCUUCCGGCUAUUGACUUCACUAACCUCAAUGACUUGGCUAAUUGGGAGGCAGUGAAAUCCAAAGUUCACAAGGCACUAGUAGACUAUGGUUGCUUUGAAGCAAUUUUUGAUACACUAGUUGUUCCUUUAGAUCUUCGCAAGGAAGUUUUCACUCAACUAGAAGAUCUCUUUGAUCUCCCUCUACAAACCAAGCAACUCAACGUGUCUAACAAGACCUAUCAUGGUUAUAUUGGUCAGUAUCCUAUGAUCCCACUAUAUGAGAGCAUGGGCAUUGACGACGCAGAUGUCUCUGAGAACGUUGAAACCAUGACCAAAAUCUUGUGGCCUAAUGGAAACCCAAGUUUUAGCAAAACUAUAAAUUCAUUCUCUGAGAAACUCUCAGAGAUGGACCGGAUUAUGAGGAAGAUGGUUUUGGAGAGCUUGGGUGUUGAAAAGUACUUGGAGGAGCACCUUGACUCAACCAAUUGCCUCCUCCGGUUUAUGAAAUACAAAGGCCCUCAAACCACUGACACAAAGGUAGGCCUAGACAUACACACAGACAAAAGCAUUGUGACCAUUUUGUACCAAAAUCAUGUGGAGGGUUUGGAGGUGCUCACCAAAGAUGGAAAAUGGAUAAGCUACAAGCCUUCCUCACAAAGUUUCGUCGUCAUGAUCGGUGAUUCUCUCCAUGCAUGGUCGAACGGGAGGUUGCAUUCACCCUUACACCGAGUGAUGAUGACCGGGAGCGAAGCUAGAUACGCUACAGGAUUCUUCUCUAUUCCCAAAGGAGGGUACAUGGUAAAAGCCCCGAAGGAGCUGGUAGAUGAGGAACACCCUUUGCUCUUUAAGCCUUUUGAUCAUGUUGAGUUCCUCAAGUACUACUAUACUGAAAAAGGCCUGGAGGGAGACAAGUUUGCUCUGCGCAGUUACUGUGGUGUUUAAACUGUCAAUGAUCGUGUUUCAUAAUCAUACAUCUUCUAUUUUCAAAUGUUAAUAAUCCAUAGAUAAAUUACCAUGGACUUAAUAAAACUCUGCCUUAUAUA